AUGCGUCUUUUCCCUGGCUUUGUCUCGUGUUCUUGCCUCCCACUCGUGCUCUCAGACCGUUGGGACUACCCUUCGCUCUACGCCGGCCAGCCAAAUCGGCUUCCAUCAAAUCUGCCCCAAUCAAGUCUUCAACACGAGGACCCUCAUCGCGCCAUUUCGGCCGGCUCUGUCGUGUCCGACGUGGAUGCUGGCGGCCGAUUCGGCUUGUCUCGGUUCACUGUGAUCGGCGUCCUCGUCUCUCUCCUCGGACUCCUCGGGCUGAUUGGUUUGGUGUGCAUCUUCUCGGUUGUCGUCAAGAGGCGUCAUCGACAGGGCCAAGGUCGCGAAGAGGCGGGCAAAAGUGGGCGUCGGCGCUACAAAAACGCUGCCGACAGGACGGCCGGAGCCGCGGUCGCCAGAGAUUACACGAAUUCAGUCGUCUUUGGUUCGGCCGCGGACACCGGUCUGGGCAAGGCUAACGGGUCGACCGGAGGCCCUGGCAACGCGGGGAUGCAGCAGCUGUUGCUUCCCGGCCGGUUGUCAGCCCGUUCGGACGGCGUCAGUCUCGAGGCGGCGGUCUGUCGUGCUCGCCUCUUCCCGCCAACUGCGAGUGGCGACGGCGACGGUAAAGCAGAAGCAGCCGGAGCCGGAGUGGUCACUUGGUCCUCCAACUACACCACCCUACCACCCUGGCCGGGUCCCGCCGGUUGCCAUGUCGCCACCGACGCGAUUGUCGCCACGACGACGACCGCACUGUCGGGCCACGGAGAUGCACUGCCCUCGGCCAAUUGGCUGUUUAUGGGUCUGGGCAGGCGGCAGGCGGUGGCGUCGAGGGCGCAGGGUGGAAAGGAGGGGCUGAAGGAGGUAGAGAGGGAGAAGGGGGAGCAGGGACGGAGGGAAGAGGAGGAGGAGGAGGAGGGCAGUUGGCUGAUGCGUCCGCCGACGGGCGAAGGAUGCGGACGCUGCGACGACGGUCUCUUCAUGUCAGGCGUCCAGGCGACGGUUGCUCCGGCCACGGGUCUCUCCGACUGGCCGGCCAGUUUGUUCGCCGGCUCCGCCUGCUCCAUGAAGUCGGCCUCGGUCUCCAGCCAUACCGGCCAAGCUGGCCAGGGGCAACUGCACGCUGCCUAUGCGACCGGGGCGCCACCCUUUCAGACGGACGACAUGUCGGGCGUCAGCGACUGUCUGGCGCCCACUUUUGCCGGCGGCUUGCCGGGACUGGCCGGGCUCACGAGCAGACUGCAAAACGGCCGGGGUAACCUGCAUGUGCCACACUUUUGGUGA